AUGGAUGAAGCCAAACCGUUAAGAAUAGCGUCCUCUAAGGGCCCUGGCUCGCUUAUGCGUCGGGGUGUAGCAGAGGAUCUCUUUCGGCAUAUCGGCCAGAUUGUUUCACCAGGCUUGGUAAUCAGCGCCUCUGUUGAUGGGAUGUCCGCGGCUUGGUCUCUUGGUUCUGGGGUUAUCCAGAUUCCUUUGGCGCUUGAGGAAUCUGUCAAUGUUAUUUACAUUCUAGUCCGGAAAUUCGGAAUUCUAUGCUAUGCGUCUCCUCAUGACGCGAAAAACCAUGCCUCUGCCACAUCCCUGUCCUCUCCAAAUACACCUUCCCCGAUACACCGUCUUUGGGUCGAUUCUCUGCCUUUGAUGGUUUCACCCAGUCCCGUACUCGGUGGCGCUCCUCAGGCGCUCCACGCAUCCCAGUUUUCCGUCGGUGAUCGAGUCCUGGGUGUUGUGAAAAAGAAGUCUGGCGAUCUUUAUCAAUUGGACAUCGGUUGUUACUCAUCUGCUUCACUGAAUUAUCUGUCGUUUGAGGGCGCCUCUAAGAAAAAUCGACCCGAUAUCCGCAUCAGGGAUGUAAUUUAUGCUGCUAUCUCACAGGCUGAUCCGGACCUAGAGAUUGAAUUAACAUGCAUGGACGAAACUGGAAAGGCCAAUGGAAUGGGAAUUUUGGGCCGUUACGAACCGGGCUCUGUGGGGAACGCCGGCGGUGUGACUGGCGGUGUGAUGCUCAGCUGUUCACUGGAACUCGUGCGCCGUCUUAACGAAACUUCCGAUUUUCCAUUGCUGGAGAAGUUGAGUCAGAAGUUUCCCUUUGAGAUUUGCGUUGGAUGCAACGGGAGGAUAUGGAUUACGGGGCGUUCUCCACGAGAGACAAUGUUAUUGGUCAAUGCCAUCGCGCUUGCCGACUACGUGGCGGCCGAAGUGUGCCUCCGGUUUGUCGAAGAACUUAGUUAA